AUGCUAUUGAAGGGCCAGAUCCCUGGGAGGCUUUUGGGUGACGUUAGCCCCAGCGGAAAAGAUAGCUGCACAGUCCCUUCAGACAAAAUACCCGAGGGCGAGAAUGACUGCAACUGUUUAGCAGACAAUCCGUCACGCAAAGUAGUUGCAACGGGACGCGUGUAUAACAUUGCCGGGGACACAAUCCAUAACCUUCCCCUCCCGCCCGAUUGCAUUAGGGUUUCCUUGCUUGUUGCAAUCGACCCCAAGUAUCCAUUACCUUAUCCUACCGAUGAGAUGCAGACGGUAGGAGAUGCGUUGGGGAGCUUCGUUGCAUGGCCCAGCCACCUUGUUAUGGUUGGUACACCAAAGCCGACAAAGGACCCAAAGCCGCCAAAGGACCCCUUGCCACCAAAGAAAAAGCCAAGGGGGAAAAGCAAAUUGAAGGAUAAGGUGUCGGGCCAUACUAAAGAGUCAGUCACGGUUUCGCAACAUGCAGUGCCUAUGCCUGUUUACUUCGAGGAUGUCUAUUGCGUUCGUUAUAUGACUGCACAUGUAGAAGAGGUCCUUGAAGAGUCUGAGUAUGAGAACAUGCAGGAAACAAUAUUUAAGUUGACUAAGGAGAUGAAACAAAAUAAGGAAAUUAUGAGUGUAGUUGUUGAGCACGUUGAAAUCAAUCCUAUUGUUAAUUCUCCUUCUCAAGACCCUCUAGAUAAUGAUCCUACACAUGGUCAAGCAUAUGAUGUAGGCGACUCUUCUAACAGCAAUCAUUUGGAUGAGGAUUUGCAAGCUAAUAUAUGA